AUGUCCGCCCUUGUUAAAGCAAAACACAAAAGACGCUUCAGAUUUUGCACCUCCUCUCGCCGGACCCAGAGAAAGCCCGUCAACUCCUGGAGCGGCUCCCUGGAGAUCGGGGUGACCGCCCUGGACCCCAACCACCUGGACUUCCCCAGCAGUGCCACCGGCCUCAAGGGGGGCUCCUGGAUCAUUUCCGGCUGCUCCGUCCUGCGCGACGGACGCUCCAUCCUGGAGGAAUACGGGCAGGACUUGGACCAGCUGGGCGAAGGCGACCGGGUGGGCGUCCAGCGGACGGACGGCGGGGAGCUGCGCCUCUGGGUCAACGGGCAGGACUGCGGCGUGGCGGCCACCGGCAUCCCUCCCCGGGUCUGGGCCGUGGUCGACCUCUACGGCAAGUGCACCCAGAUCACGGUGGUGCCGGGAAGCCCGGCGGAGGAGGAGGCGGAAGAGGGAGCCUCCCACGAUGAAGCCCUGGAAGCGCCUUGCAACCAGACCCGGCCGGAUAAAUUUCCCAACAGCCUGGAAUCGGAGAACGGCUUCUCCAGCAUGGAGCUGUCGGAGGUGGUGAGCAACGCCAUCCUGUCGGCCUACAACGGCAGCCUGCUGAACGUCAACCUGGGCAGCCCCCCCUCCGACUCGGCCCCCGGCGGAGCCCCCCCCAUGACCUCCAACGACGCCCUGCUCUUCCACGAGAAGUGCGGCACCCUGAUCAAGCUGAGUAACAACAACAAGACGGCCGAGAGGCGCCGGCCGCUGGACGAGUUCAACAACGGGGUGGUCAUGACCAACCGCCCGCUGCGGGACAACGAGAUGUUUGAGAUCCGCAUCGACAAGCUGGUGGACAAGUGGUCGGGCUCCAUCGAAAUCGGGGUCACCACCCACAACCCCAACAACCUGGAGUACCCCGCCACCAUGACGAACCUGCGCUCAGGCACCAUCAUGAUGAGCGGCUGCGGCAUCCUGACCAACGGCAAAGGGACACGGCGGGAAUACUGCGAGUUCAGCCUGGAUGAGUUGCAGGAAGGCGACCACAUCGGCUUGACCCGGAAGUCGAGCAACGCUCUCCAUUUUUACAUCAACGGCAUCGACCAAGGCGUGGCCACCACCCUCACCCCCUUGGUGGUCUACGGCGUGGUGGACCUCUACGGCAUGGCGGUGAAGGUCACCAUCGUGCACAACCACAACCACAGCGACCGCCUGCGGCGCAACAACGCCAUCAUGCGGGCGCUCUCGCCCGACGUGGGCCGGCGGGCCAUCGACGCCGGAGGGGGCACCGAGCCAGAACCGGAGCGUCUCCUCUUCCACCCAAACUGUGGCCAGAAGGCAGCCAUCAUCAACGAAGGACGGACGGCCCUGCGGCCUCAUGCCACCGACGACUUUAACCACGGCGUGGUCCUCAGCAACCGACCGCUGCGGAACGGCGAGGUCUUCCAGGUGAGAAUUGACAAGAUGGUGGACAAGUGGGCCGGCUCCAUCGAGAUUGGCGUCACCACCCACAACCCCACCUACCUGCAGCUGCCCUCCACGAUGACCAACCUGCGGUCAGGGACCUGGAUGAUGACCGGGAACGGAGUGAUGCAUAACGGUACGACCAUCCUGGAUGAAUACGGCCACAACCUGGAUCGCUUGAAGGCAGGCGACACGGUGGGCGUCGUACGGAAGGAGGACGGAACCCUGCAUUUCUUUGUCAACGGCGUGGCGCAGGGCCCAGCCGCCUGGAACGUCCCGCCGAAUAUCUACGCCGUGGCCGAUCUCUACGGUCAAGCUGCCCAAGCCACGAUCAUGGAUGACACAGAUCUCCUUCCGCUUCCCGACGAUCUCUCGGAGGGAAACAACCAGCUGUCCCCUAGCAGCCCGUCCUCCGUGGCUUCGGGCAGCGACCUGCGUUUCCACCACCUCCACGGGAACAACGCCGUCAUCACCAACGGGGGGCGCACGGCUUUGCGCCAGAACUGCCGCAGCGAAUUCAACGAUGCCAUCGUCAUCUCCAACCGCCCCCUACGCGACGGCGAACUCUUUGAGAUCGUCAUCCAGAAGAUGGUGGAUCGGUGGUCUGGCUCCAUCGAAGCAGGAGUCACCGCCAUCCGUCCAGAGGACCUGGAGUUUCCCAAUACAAUGACGGACAUUGACUACGAUACCUGGAUGCUCAGCGGCACCGCCAUCAUGCAGGACGGCAACACCCUGCGCAACAACUACGGCUGCGACCUGGACUCGCUGACCACCGCCUCGCGCAUCGGCAUGAUGCGGACGGCCAAGGGGGACCUGCAUUACUUCAUCAACAGCGUGGACCAGGGGGUGGCUUGCUCCGGGCUGCCCCCAGGGAAGGAGGUCUACGCCGUGGUGGACCUCUACGGCCAGUGUGUCCAGGUGUCCAUCACCAGCUCCACCGGCCCGCUGGACAACAGCCUCUCCACCAGCAACAUCACGGAGAAAUCCUUCCCCAUCCACUCACCAGUGCCCGGGGUCGCCCACCGCUUCCACAGCGCCUGCGGGAAGAACGUGGCCUUCCAGGAUGACGGCUGCCGGGCCCUGCGGGUCUCCGGCUUCUGCCACGGCAUCGUUUUCAGCAUGAAGGAACUGAAGACGGGCGAGGUCUUCGAGGUGAAGAUUGACGAGGUGGACGAGAAGUGGUCGGGGUCCGUCCAGGUGGGCUUGACCACCCUGCUGCCCUCGGACGCCACCUGCAUGGCCACGGGGCUGCCCUCCUCCCUCUUGGAGCUCCGGUCGAAAGUGACCUGGCUAGUGACGGGCUCCGAGGUCCGGCGCAACGGCGUCCUGCAGAAGCAGAAUUACGGGUGCUCUCUGGAGCGUCUCGGGGUGGGGAGCCGUGUGGGCGUGAAGCGCUGCACGGACGACACCAUGCAUGUGCUGGUCGACGGGGAGGACAUGGGGCCGGCCGCCACUGGCGUGGCCAAGAACGUCUCCGUGGUGCUGGACCUCUACGGCCGGGUCACCUCCGUCUCCAUCGUCAGCUCCAGCCUGCUGGAAGAGGCCGAGGCCACCCACCCGCCCUCCCUCGCCUCCGAGCCCUACAGCGAGGGGGAGGAGGAGGAGCCCACCCCGGUCCGUGCCCCUGGCCCCCUUCCCUUCCCACGCCCCGGGGGGGGGCAGAGAGGCUGGACAGCCUAGCGGCUAGAGCAGCCUUCCNNNNGUGUGUGUCUCCCCGCUUUCCCCCUCCCACAGGACCCCCUUUUGACCUCCUGCCCCCCCCUUCAGUUCCAGAUCGACUCCCUGAACCCCCAAUGGACGUCCUCGCUCUCCCUGGGUGUCAUCGGCAGCUCCCCGGAGCGGCUCAACUUCCCGGCCACGGCCUGCUCGCUCAAGCGCUCCACGUGGCUCCUGCAGCGGGACUCCGUCUUCCACAACUCCCUCAAGGUCUGCGAGAACUACGGCCCCAACCUGGACACCUGCCCGGAGGGGACGGUGCUGGGGGUCCUGGUGGACGCCAGCGGCUGCCUCCACCUCUACGUCAACGGUAUCGACCAGGGGGUGGCGGCCCAAGACGUGCCCAGCCCUUGCUACGUGCUGGUCGACCUCUACGGGCAGUGCGAGCAGCUCUGCAAAUCUCCAGAUGCUGUGACUAACGUUUUCUGCAGCAAUGAUGGUGUCACUGUAAGGAGGAGCUCACGCAGAAGGCAGUGGAAGAAGUUCAAAAAUAUCACCAAAAUUUCCAUCCCUCCGAGAAAUCUUUGCUACGGCAGUGAAAUGCUUGACAUCAUGACUCUGGAGGCCAAUGACACCAUUUUUUACAGGGACAAUGCGAAGGAGUUCCCCAAUGGAGUUUUCUACCCCAACUGUUCUUUGUCCCACCGGCUGAAUGACAGCAGCGAAACUCGAACUGAUGAAUGCGUUGAUUUCAUCAUCACUGCGAGCAACUUGAGCCUGCCCAACGGGAAGAAUGCAAGUGAUCGCAACAAGAGGGUGAUGUGGCUCGUGAUCAACCACUUGUGUGCCAAUGAAUCGUGCAGCCAGCCAUGCCCAGGAUCUUCAAAUGUUAGUAGUGCCCGUUACUUCAUUCAAAUUCUAAUGGCGAGCCUUGUGGCUUAUUCCAUGCUUAGCUCAAAGUAG